UGGCGCGACCCUGACAAAACAAUUAAUAAUAAUAAUAAUAAUAAUAAUAUAUAGCAUACUAUUGAUUGUAUUAUCAAAGUAAGGUAAUAACGAAAUGCACUUUAAUCAUAAUUAAUUGAACUAUAACGAUGUCCUUGGUCAAGGCGGGGAUAAUGUUCUUAUACAUUUUUCAAGAUAAUUAAAUAUUUCAAUUAAAUGGACAAGUUUAUCGAUUAAACGAGUUUUAUAGCGCAAUACUCGAAGAACUCACAUGUAUUACUAAAGAUAUUAUUAUCCUUAGAAGAUACCUCUCUGAGCUCUGUUCGUGUUUUGCAAAAUAAAAUAAAAUAAAAUAAGUCAAUAGAAAAGGAUAAAAGUGUAAAACUUGUAACAUUCAUUGCCAAAUCUCUUGUUCAAAUAAACGAGAAACAAUGAACGAUGUAAUUAAAAGAUUUACCAAAAAAGAUCAAGUUCAGGAUAUCUCUAAAGUUAAUAAAAUACCAUGUAAAAGUAUAAACGAUAUUUUACGUCCUAUCAAUAUUCUAAAUAAUAUUUUUGGAUUGCGUAUUUGUAUAUUUCCUCAGAGCCGUCGAAGGCCCCUACUUAGUUUCCUUUAUUCGUUGACAAUUUGCUGUCUUCAUUAUCUAGGAAGUUUGUACCGAGAUACAAAAUUUGACUGCAUCAGGGUAUAUCAUUUAGAUGAAAUUCUAUGUCAUGCUGUAACAUUCUUAAGUCAUUUGAUGUUAUGUUUGAUACUUAUUAUGGGAUUAUAUCAAAGCGAGUCAUCGAGAUUAUGUGCAAAGAAAAUUAACGAUAUCGAUAAAACGUUGAAGAAGUUAGGCUCGCCAUCAUACUUUAAUGAUAUUUACAAAAGAACGAUUACAUAUAUAACGAUAACUGUUAGUUAUAUCGGCAUUUUCUUCGCAAUGAUUAUUUUAACAGAAAUUUUACGAAAUGAGCCAAUUAAUAGAUCUUCGAUACUAUAUUAUUCAAUGUUCUUACACAUAUAUGGUUAUAUAAUUGAAAAUUUACUGGUGAUGGAAUUCGUUACAAUUGUAAGGUGCAUCAACUCGGAAUUUCAAAGAGCAAAUGAACUUCUCGGGGACGUCAAUGUUCUACCAAUUCGUUCAACCGAAUUGAAAUUAAUUGAAGUGAAAAAAAGGGGAGAUUAUUUUUCUAAAGAAAAGUCUCUCUCCCCCGAUGGAGACCAAUUAUUUUCUGAUGUAUCAUCGUUAUCGUCUCAAACACAGUCACAAUUACAAAUUGCAAGUCAAAAAAUAAGUCGAAGCAAAAUGUUAUUACGGACGAUCAGACAGGUCCAUUUGGAAUUAUAUAAAGUAUCGAAAAGUUUAAGUACAAUUUACGGUAUACAAAUAUCCCUAGAAAUGGCAGCAUGUGUUAUUCUUACUACAUACAUAAUAUACAGAUCUUAUGAAAAGUAUCAAAAAAAACAUAUUGACGAUUACGAAAUGUUUUAUCAAUAUUUCAUACUAAUUAUGCUAUUGUUACAAUAUUCGACCAAGAUCUUCAUUAUCGAUUACACCUGUGAUAAAACAACGAAACAGGCUGAACGCACCAGCGAAAUUAUUCACACAUUUUAUGGACUAAAUACGGACUUGGAGAUUAAAGAGGAGGUGGACAUAUUUUCUUUGCAAAUGAUGCAAUGUCGUACCACAUAUUCCGCAUUUGGUUUUUAUAAUCUUAAUUGCAAACACAUUUGUUCGUGUAUCGGUAUCAUAACGACAUACAUGGUUAUCAUAAUACAAGUAACCGAUUCAAUUAAAUAUGGAUCAUAAAUCGUCUGCCAAAAUUAUAUUUAAAAACAUAAAACUGACAUAAAACUAACAUAGAAUUUUCUUAAAAAUUCGAAAUAAUAUAAUAAGCAGACAAAGACGAGGGCUGCAUCCAA